AGGGCAGAGGCCCUGAGAGCAGAGGAGGAUAGUCCCCACUCUCCACAGUGGCACAGUCCAAGUCCACAUAUGCGCUACGUCUCCACCCACCAGGGACACUCUUUCCUCCCACCACAAGUAUGGCUGUCGUAGGAGUUCUCUAAGGUACGCGCAUGGACAGCGGUGGGCUUGCCCCUUCUCAUGGUGCGUGGUUCCACGUAAGGAAUCCGUCCUCGAAUUAUAGUGGGUGCGCGUAUUUACGCCUCCGGCGCCUUACUGAGAGUAUCCAAUGGAGGGAGCAACAGAACCGGGAAACUCGGCCAAGGGACAAGAAAUCUGAGCAAAUCAUCUAAGUUUACUGAAUUUCCGCUACUGGGUUUUUGUUCUUGAGUUUUCCCCGACUUGGAAGUAUUCGUAUCAAAGUUUGCUUAUGUUGAAUUGGCACGUCGGAAGACUCACAAUUGGGUCGGAGAACCAGUUCAAGGAUACAAAGAAGUUGUUGAAGCAACCUGAUGCAUUUUUCCUGAGAUUGCGGGAUUUCGGCUUGCUUCAUCUGCGGCACAAGUUCUUAAUUUUGCAUUUGGCGGUACCUUGGAAUUUUGAGGAGCUAUUCCGAUGAAUUUUUGCGCAAUUCUGGGACCUGGGUUUAUUUUCUUUGGGCGUUUUCAGUAAUGGGGUGUAUCUAUUCCACAGCUUGUAUCGGGGAUCUUUGCAGUUCUCCAAGGGGUUCUCGGACUAAAGAAAAUCAAGAUGGGAGACCAGGUGGGGUUCCUGUUUUUUCUCCUAGUUCUUCAAGCGGCCAUGAAGGUGAACUCCGAGAUCAAUUGAGUCACCUAAGUCUAAAUAGGGAUUAUGAAAUGGGUAUAACUAGGCUAUCAAGAGUUUCUUCACAGUUUCUACCUCUUGAUGGGUCCCGUACGGUUAAGGUUCCAUCAGGAAGCUAUGAACUGCAAUACUCGUAUCUAUCCCAAAGAGGGUACUACCCAGAAGCACUUGACAAAGCAAACCAGGACAGUUUCUGCAUUCAUACCCCAUUUGGGACAAACCCCAAUGACCACUUCUUUGGGGUGUUUGAUGGGCAUGGAGAAUUUGGAGCACAGUGCUCACAGUUUGUGAAGAGGAAAUUGUGUGAAAAUUUGCUUAGAAAUAGUCGAUUUCAUAUGAAUGCCGUUGAGGCAUGUCAUGCAGCCUUCUUAGCAACAAACUCGCAGUUGCAUUCAGACAGCUUAGAUGACAGCAUGAGUGGGACCACAGCAGUAACAAUAUUGGUUCGGGGUAGGACAUUAUAUGUGGCAAAUGCCGGUGAUUCUAGGGCUGUUAUAGCAGAGAGGAGAGGGAAAGACAUUGUGGCUGUGGACCUCUCUAUUGACCAAACUCCUUUCCGAGCAGAUGAGCUUGAAAGGGUAAGACAUUGUGGAGCCAGGGUUCUCACCUUGGAUCAGAUAGAAGGGCUGAAGAACCCGGAUGUGCAGUGCUGGGGCACUGAAGAAGGUGAUGAUGGUGAUCCGCCAAGACUCUGGGUGCAAAAUGGGAUGUACCCUGGUACAGCUUUUACAAGAAGUAUAGGUGACUCCAUUGCUGAGACUAUUGGAGUUGUUGCCACCCCUGAGGUUGUUGUUUUGGAGCUUACACAAGAUCAUCCAUUCUUUGUGAUUGCUAGUGAUGGAGUCUUCGAGUUUCUUUCUAGUCAAACUGUGGUUGACAUGGUUGCAAAAUUCAAAGACCCUCGUGAUGCUUGUGCCGCAAUUGUUGCUGAGUCUUAUCGACUUUGGUUGCAGUAUGAAACUCGUACCGAUGACAUUACAAUCAUAGUUGUUCAUAUUAAUGGGCUAACUAAUACUGGCAGUGCUCAAUCAGUUACUCAAGAUGUUGUCGUUAAUCAUCUGCCUCAAGUUGUAGAAGUGACAGGAUCUGAAUCUCCUUCCACCAUAAGCUGGAAUUCUAGGAACCAUCGUGUAAGGCAUGAUAUGUCACGGGCUCGUCUCCGUGCCAUUGAAUCUUCCCUAGAGAAUGGGCAAGUUUGGGUUCCUCCAUCUCCAUCGCAUAGAAAAACAUGGGAAGAAGAAGCACAUAUUGAACGGGCAUUGCAUGACCAUUUUCUCUUCAGAAAACUUACUGAUUCUCAAUGCCAUGUUUUGUUGGAUUGCAUGCGAAGAGUUGAGGUCCAGCCUGGAGACAUUGUUGUGCAGCAGGGUGGAGAAGGAGACUGCUUUUUUGUUGUUGGCAGCGGGGAGUUUGAAGUCUUGGCUACCCAGGACGAGAAAAAUGGAGAAGUGCAAAAGGUUCUGCAAAGAUAUACAGCUGAAAAGUUGUCAUGCUUCGGAGAGUUGGCAUUAAUGUACAACAAACCACUCCAGGCUUCUGUGCGAGCAGUGACUAGUGGGACUCUCUGGGCUUUGAAAAGAGAAGAUUUCCGAGGAAUUCUUAUGUCAGAAUUUUCAAACUUGUCAUCAUUGAAGUUGCUCCGCUCAGUAGAGCUUCUUUCAAGGCUGACAAUCUUACAGCUGAGUCAUAUUGCAGAUUCUCUUUCCGAAGUUUCAUUCUCAGAUGGCCAGACAAUAAUAGAUAGGAAUGAAGGUCUUUCUGCUUUGUAUAUUAUCCAGAAAGGUCGAGUCAGAAUCACUUGUGACAUGGACUUAAUAACAAGUCCAAAUGUUUGCAGUCUCUUAUCUGAUGACCUUGAACAGGAAAAUCAUACUGAGAUCAAUAAACAACUCUCAGUGGACAAGGCAGAGGGAAGUUACUUUGGUGAAUGGGCACUUCUUGGUGAACAUAUUGGUUCCUUAAGUGCAGUAGCUGUGGGUGAUGUAGUCUGCGCAAUUUUAUCAAAGGAGAAGUUUGAUUCUGUUGUUGGACCCUUAAAAAAGCUUUCUGAGGAUGAUCACAAGUCAAAAGAUUAUUCUUUGAGUAUUGCUAAGGAAUCGUCAAGAAAUAUAGAUGCUGCAAGUUUUGCUAAAGUUCAGCUCUCUGAUUUGGAGUGGAAAAAGUGUAUAUAUUCCACUGACUGCAGUGAGAUAGGGAUUGUACUUUUGAAAGACUCAGAAAACUUGUUGAGCUUGAAAAGAUUUUCAAAGCAGAAGAUUAAGCAGCUUGGGAAAGAAGUACAUGUCCUGAAAGAGAAAGAUCUGAUGAAGAGUUUGAGCCCUUCACCUUGUGUGCCUCAAGUUCUGUGUACUUGUGCCAAUCAAGAACAUGUUGGCAUUUUACUAAAUUCAUGCUUGUCUUGUUCCCUUGCUUCAAUAGUUCACACACCACUAGAUGAACCAUCUGCUCAAUUCUGUGCUGCUUCUGUUGUUAUUGCACUAGAAGAAUUACACAAGCAUGGAGUUCUCUACAGAGGCGUGUCACCAGAUGUUCUAAUGUUUGACCAAACAGGUCAUUUACAGCUUGUGGAUUUCCGAUUUGGGAAGAGGUUAUCCAGUGAAAGAACAUUCACAAUAUGUGGGAUGGCAGACUCUUUGGCUCCAGAAAUUGUCCAGGGGAAUGGUCAUGGCCUUGCUGCUGACUGGUGGGCACUAGGAGUCUUGAUCUUCUUCAUGCUUCAAGCUGAAAUGCCAUUUGGGUCAUGGAGAGAAAGUGAGCUUGAAACAUUUGCAAGGAUUGCGAAAGGACACUUCACUCUUCCACAAACAUUCAGCCCUCAAGCUGCUGAUAUCAUAACUAAGUUGCUUGAAGUUGAUGAAUAUAUAAGGCUGGGAAGCCGAGGUCCCGAUUCUGUGAAAAGUCAUCCGUGGUUUAAUGGUAUUGACUGGAAAAAAUUUGAAGACUGUAGCUUCCCUGUUCCACAUGAGAUCACUUUGCGAAUUGCUCAGCAUUUAGAAAAUCAGAGAGAGGAUGCCUACAACCCUAUAUGCUCUCCGCCUCGAGACAUUCCAGAACUCAACACUCCCGACUGGUUUGAAGACUGGUAAAAAGGUCUGGAUGGGUAAUCCGAUUCUUACAUGCAUGAUUGACCAUACUUCUCCAAUCGGAUCAACUUGAUUCACUGAGAUUACCCGGGUCCUAGACUUACAGCAUCAGAGGAGAAAAUGAUGACGGGUUCACUGGCAAACAAAUAAUAGAGAUGCAGUCCUACAGUUCUUGCAACGUAAAUGGAAUCAAGGAAGGUUGCUAUUUUGGGUGCUGGCAACCUUAAAUAACUAUCCAAGAUGCUCCAUUGUAUAGGUCAGCCAGAGAAUUCUUGUAUGUAAAUACGUACGUGUGUAUGAUUUGGAAGAAAAGUUUGAUGACCAUGUCAUGCUUGGUUGGGCCUGGGACCUGGGUUGAACACUAAUGAGUAAUGAAAAUUUGGAAGGGCUGGCCUGGCCUGAUUACUGCACUGUAAAUUCUUCAAAUCAGGUGUCCCGUUUGCACCCCCUAAUUGGCAAUGACGCAGAUAGCAACGGAUUGGUAUUGCAGCUGGUCCGGGUUCCUUCAUCUAUAUAACAUGAUCAAGGUUUGGAUUGUUGAUUUGUUGGAAAACAAGCUAGAUAACUUCAGUCAUUGAGAAUGGGGAUGUUGAAAAUUUUCUUUUACCAUGAGGAAUAAGAAGAAAAAAAAAAAAACAAAAACAGCAGAUAUUCAACUUUCAUUGUAUGCCAUAGACCAUAGUGUGACCUUAUGAAAAAAAAAUGGCACCAACCCAUUACAAACUUGUUCAGCAA